ACCAACGCCUCGGCCCCGGACCAGCUGAGUCUAGCUCUGGCCUGGAACAGAGUGGACAUAGCACGCAACCAGAUCUUCGUCUACGGUCACCAUCUACCAGUGAGUCAUUUACCAGACUACCCUGCAGUCCACCGUGCAGUCCACUUAAGGUUGCAAAACUCCGGUAAAUUUCCCAAGUUUUCCAGAUACCCCAGGUGGAUAAUUUAAGCAGACAUUUCGGAAUACUCUAACCAGGAUUUCUGGAAAAUAAGGGAAGUUUAUUUUGGGAAGGUAACAGGAAUUUGGGAAGGUAACAGGAAUUUCGUAACCCUGGCUAAGGCCACCUCAUCUGUUGCUGAUCCGAGACAGUCACCAUACAAACCUGCCAUGAAGCAUCACCUCAAAACCACAGAAAGAGAUUAUCAAAUUCUGAAAAAGAAACAUAAUCUUUUCUGUAUUUGUCAAAUAUUUACUUUACAGUAUUAACUGGAAGGAUGUCAGACCACACUAACUGAAAUGAGUUUUGAUACAGACAGACACAUUAAUGACAGAGAUCUAGGAACAUCCUGACGUAAUAUGAUCCCGAUAUGUUCCCAAAGGUACAGUGAUCCCACUAGGGUAUUACGGCUUUGUAAGGACCCUCUCCAUUCCUAUUAAAUGACCAUUUUAGGAAUUGGACUCUUAACAUUUCCCCUCAUCUUUUUGGAUAAAGAAGAUUAAUCCUACUAGUUGAUUAUGAACAUGAACACAAAAACCAAAUCACAUUUUAAUGAACAUGUUUUUUGCAAUGAACCUCCGCUCCUCCCCCAGCCUGCCAGUGCCCUAGCCAACAGCAGUGGCACCAUAGCCACUACCACAGAGAGGCAGAAGAGUCCGGCCACUGCCCCCAGGAACAAGGCCAAGGCCCGGGGGAAAAAGGGGAGAGGAGGGAAGGUCAAGCCUGACCCACCAGAGGAGACUGACCCUAGGAAGAUAGAACUAAUGCGAUGGGUGAGAACAGUGCUUGAGUUGGCCCGGUGCUUGGCACGUAACAUUUUCUACUGCUUGAUAUAAUAUUAGUUCUGAAAUACCAUGAGCUCCGGCAUCUAAAUAUAAAGAGUAGUGGCGCCAGUCAUGAAUGUGUGCCUCUCCCAGGUGAACUCUCUGGAGCAGGCCAUGAUGGACGCCCUGGUUCUGGACAGAGUGGACUUUGUCAAGCUGCUGAUAGAGAACGGGGUCAACAUCCACCACUUCCUCACCAUCCCUCGCCUGGAGGAACUCUACAACACGGUGAGACAGACAGACAGGCAGGCAGGCAGGCAGGCAGGCAGGCAGGCAGGCAGGCAGGCAGGCAGGCAGGCAGGCAGGCAGGCAGGCAGGCAGGCAGGCAGGCAGGCAGGCAGGCAGGCAGGCAGGCAGGCAGGCAGGCAGGCAGGCAGACAGACAGACAGACAGACAGACAGACAGACAGACAGACAGACAGACAGACAGACAGACAGACAGACAGACAGACAGACAGACAGACAGACAGACAGACAGACAGACAGACAGACAGACAGACAGACAGACAGACAGACAGACAGACAGACAGACAGACAGACAGACAGACAGACAGACAGACAGACAGACAGACAGACGAUCAUAAUGUCCACCACUUCCUCACCAUCCCUCGCCUGGAGGCGCUGUACAACAUGGUGAGAUGAGACAAGACCACGCUAAUGUAGAGACUUGCCCUGAGUCCCAAAUCAACCCCAUAUCCACUUCUAGGGUUAGGGUUUGAUUUAGGAUUCAGAGAGAGGAGCACAGUGUGUGUCCAUCACAGAGAGGAUCUUAACCCUGUACAGUGGAACAACAAGUGUUCAUGUAUUUUAUUCAUAUUGUACAACUUUCUCUAACACACAGAGACUGGGUCCUGCUAACACGCUGCAUGUUGUGGUGAGAGAUGUCAAGAAGGUAAGAUGAUCUCUCUGAUUCAUGGGAGACAUUCUUCCUCAUUCAACAUUAUUUGGCCUGUUUCAGUUUAAUGAAAGUGUGGUUUGUGCUGUUACAGCCAGGUGUGUAAUCAGGGAUUACAGUAAUGUAAUCUGUGAGAAUAAUCUGUGGUGUUCCAGGGCAACCUCCCACCAGACUACCAGAUCACUCUGAUUGACAUCGGUCUGGUGAUGGAGCACCUGAUGGGCGGGGCUUACCGCUGUAACUACACCAGGAAGAACUUCAGGGCGCUCUAUAACAACCUCUACGGGCUGAAGAGGGUAAGACUAGUUAGCUCUAUAACAACCUCUACGGGCUGAAGAGGGUAAGACUAGUUAGCUCUAUAACAACCUCUACGGGCUGAAGAGGGUAAGACUAGUUAGCUCUAUAACAACCUCUAUGGGCUGAAGAGGGUAAGACUAGUUAGCUCUAUAACAACCUCUACGGGCUGAAGAGGGUAAGACUAGUUAGCUCUAUAACAACCUCUACGGGCUGAAGAGGGUAAGACUAGUUAGCUCUAUAACAACCUCUACGGGCUGAAGAGGGUAAGACUAGUUAGCUUUAUAACAACCUCUACGGGCUGAAGAGGGUAAGACUAGUUAGCUUUAUAACAACCUCUACGGGCUGAAGAGGGUAAGACUAGUUAGCUCUAUAACAACCUCUAUUGACUGAAGAGGGUAAGACUAGUUAGCUCUAGAACAACCUGUAUUGACUGAAGAGGGUAAGACUAGUUAGCUCUAUAACAACCUCUAUUGACUGAAGAGGGUAAGACUAGUUAGCUCUAGAACAACCUGUAUUGACUGAAGAGGGUAAGACUAGUUAGCUCUAGAACAACCUGUAUUGACUGAAGAGGGUAAGACAGGUGGCAUCAGUAACUAGAUCACACAAGAAACACAAUAGAAAGGAAAGGCUCACCAACCAAAGAACUUAUCAAUAUCAUAUGAUGUUAUUAACAAUGUCUAACAUGACAUUAUACCAUAUGAUGUUAUUAACCAUGUCUACAUUACAUUAUGAACCAUUAUACCAUAUGAUGUUAUUAACCAUGUCUAACAUGACAUUAUACCAUAUGAUGUUAUUAACCAUGUCUAACAUGACAUUAUACCAUAUGAUGUUAUUAACCAUGUCUAACAUGACAUUAUACCAUAUGAUGUUAUUAACCAUGUCUAACAUGACAUUAUCCCUCCCUUCUUCUGGUUGUUUGCAGCCAAAAGCCUUGAAGAUGCUUGGGCUGGAGGUAAGAGCAAGUCUUUGUUCUAGAAAUACUGUACACUAUUUCCAUCAUGCAACCAUGCUAGAAAUGUUGUAUUCCUUUACAAAGAGAGAUGUUGGAUGGUACAGUUCACAAAACACAACACUAUUCUAAAAGUUAUCUGAACAACACUAUUCUAAAAAUUAUCUGGAACAACACUAUUCUAAACGUUAUCUGAACAACCUAUUCUAAGGUCUCUGAACGACACUAUUCUAAAGGUUCUCUGAACAACACUAUUCUAAAAGUUAUCUGAACAACACUAUUCUAAAAGUUAUCUGAACAACACUAUCUAAAAGUAUCUGAACAAUUCUAAAGUUAUCUGAACAACACUAUUCUAAAAGUUAUCUGAACAACACUAUUCUAAAAGUUAUCUGAACAACACUAUUCUAAACGUUAUCUGAACAACACUAUUCUAAAAGUUAUCUGAACAACACUAUUCUAAACGUUCCCCUCUGUGUGUUAUCUGCCCUAACACCCUCACUUCACCCGUGUCACUUCCUGUGUUCCACCAGGACGAGGAGCCGAGGGGACAGAAGAAGAAAGGGAAGAAGAAGAAAGAAGAGGAGGUGGAGAUAGAUGUGGACGACCCUGAGGUCUGUCGCUUCACCUACCCCUUCCACGAGCUGAUGGUGUGGGCCGUUCUCAUGAAGCGCCAGAAGAUGGCCCUGUUUCUGUGGCAACGUGGGGAGGAGGCCAUGGCCAAGGCUCUGGUGGCCUGUAAGCUAUACACAGCCAUGGCUAAAGAGUCGUCUGAUAGUGAACUGGUGGAUGAUAUCGCCGAGGACCUGGACAACAACUCCAAGUGAGAUCCUGUCUUCUACUUCUCCCUCUACUGAGAUAGUGUUUCCUGUCUUCUACUUCUCCCUCUACUGAGAUAGUGUUUCCUGUCUUCUACUUCUCCCACUACUGAGAUAGUGUUUCCUGUCUUCUACUUCUCCCUCUACUGAGAUAGUGUUUCCUGUCUUCUACUACUCCCUCUACUGAGAUAGUGUUUCCUGUCUUCUACUUCUCCCUCUACUGAGAUAGUGUUUCCUGUCUUCUACUUCUCCCACUACUGAGAUAGUGUUUCCUGUCUUCUACUUCUCCCACUACUGAGAUAGUGUUUCCUGUCUUCUACUUCUCCCUCUACUGAGAUAGUGUUUCCUGUCUUCUACUUCUCCCUCUACUGAGAUAGUGUUUCCUGUCUUCUACUUCUCCCACUACUGAGAUAGUGUUUUCCUGUCUUCUACUUCUCCCUCUACUGAGAUAGUGUUUCCUGUCUUCUACUUCUCCCUCUACUGAGAUAGUGUUUCCUGUCUUCUACUUCUCCCUCUACUGAGAUAGUGUUUCCUGUCUUCUACUUCUCCCACUACUGAGAUAGUGUUUCCUGUCUUCUACUUCUCCCUCUACUGAGAUAGUGUUUCCUGUCUUCUACUUCUCCCUCUACUGAGAUAGUGUUUCCUGUCUUCUACUAUUCCCUCUACUGAGAUAGUGUUUCCUGUCUUCUACUUCUCCCUCUACUGAGAUAGUGUUUCCUGUCUUCUACUUCUCCCACUACUGAGAUAGUGUUUCCUGUCUUCUACUUCUCCCUCUACUGAGAUAGUGUUUCCUGUCUUCUACUAUUCCCUCUACUGAGAUAGUGUUUCCUGUCUUCUACUUCUCCCUCUACUGAGAUAGUGUUUCCUGUCUUCUACUUCUCCCUCUACUGAGAUAGUGUUUCCUGUCUUCUACUAUUCCCUCUACUGAGAUAGUGUUUCCUGUCUUCUACUUCUCCCUCUACUGAGAUAGUGUUUCCUGUCUUCUACUUCUCCCACUACUGAGAUAGUGUUUCCUGUCUUCUACUUCUCCCUCUACUGAGAUAGGUUUCCUGUUCUUCUACUUCUCCCUCUACUGAGAUAGUGUUUCCUGUCUUCUACUUCUCCCUUACUGAGAUAGUGUUUCACUGUCUUCUACUUCUCCCUCUACUGAGAUAGUGUUUCCUGUCUUCUACUUCUCCCUCUACUGAGAUAGUGUUUCCUGUCUUCUACUUCUCCCUCUACUGAGAUAGUGUUUCCUGUCUUCUACUUUCUCCCACUACUGAGAUAGUGUUUCCUGUCUUCUACUUCUCCCCUCUACUGAGAUAGUGUUUCCUGUCUUCUACUUCUCCCUCUACUGAGAUAGUGUUUCCUGUCUUCUACUUCUCCCUCUACUGAGAUAGUGUUUCCUGUCUUCUACUUCUCCCUAUACUGAGAUAGUGUUUCCUGUCUUCUACUUCUCCCUCUACUGAGAUAGUGUUUCCGUCUUCUACUUCUCCCUCUACUGAGAUAGUGUUUCCUGUCUUCUACUUCUCCCUCUACUGAGAUAGUGUUUCCUGUCUUCUACUUCUCCCUCUACUGAGAUAGUGUUUCCUGUCUUCUACUUCUCCCUCUACUGAGAUAGUGUUUCCUGUCUUCUACUUCUCCCUCUACUGAGAUAGUGUUUCCUGUCUUCUACUUCUCCCACUACUGAGAUAGUGUUUCCUGUCUUCUACUUCUCCCUCUACUGAGAUAGUGGUUCCUGUUUUCUACUUCUCCCUCUACUGAGAUAGUGUUUCCUGUCUUCUACUUCUCCCACUACUGAGAUAGUGUUUCCUGUCUUCUACUUCUCCCUCUACUGAGAUAGUGGUUCCUCUCGUGAUCAUCACAGAGAGGCAGGUCAUUGUCGCUGAUGAUAAAAACAUUCUACAUUCCCUAAAAUUCUACUACUUUUGCCUCACCUAAUGUCUCCUAAUUGUCAAGGUCCUUCAAGCCAGAUACACUGUGGUGAUUAUCUUAUUUUAUUCAACCUUCAUUUAACCAGGCAAGUCAAUUAAGAACAAAUUCUUAUUUACAAUGACGGCCUAGUUCAACCUAUAGUUCCACACACCCUAUUUCCCGUUGUCCUUAGUAUAGAAAGCCGGAUUAAGAUCUCCGAUUUUUCAGGCCAUAAAGUCUUAGUAAAAGGAGAUCUCUCUCUCUCUCUCUCUCUCUCUCUCUCUCUCUCUCUCCACAGGGAGUUUGGCCAGUUGGCCUACGAGCUCCUGGACCAGUCAUAUAAGCACGAUGAACAGGUGGCCAUGAAGCUGCUGACCUAUGAGCUGACCAACUGGAGCAACUCCACCUGUCUGAAGUUGGCCGUGGCCGCCAAGCACAGAGACUUCAUCGCCCACACCUGCAGCCAGAUGCUGCUGACUGACAUGUGGAUGGGAAAUCUGAGAAUGGGGAAGAACCCCGGGCUUAAGGUAAAUUACCCGAGUUGAAUUGGUAACUUCACUCCUCGGCUUGAAAUACCACCAUUGACUUUCUAUCUUUUCAGGGGUGCAGCAGUAAUAACCCCUGGUUCUAUUGGUUCCUCUCAAGAUUUCCUCCUUCCAGGGAGUUGUUCCUUAGCUGUCUUGUAUCUGCUUUUGUCUUUGUUGUAAAGCAGAAACAACCCCAUGAGUUGAGAAACAGUCUGACCUUCAUGACCACGUGGACAAUACUCUUCAUCUCUACCUGGUACAGCUGUAAAGCACUUUGUGACAAGAGGGUUUUGUCUUCCUAGGUGAUUCUGGGCAUCAUAUUCCCUCCAUCUAUUCUUCUGCUGGUGGACUUCAAAGGAGACGACCAGUCCUACACGGCUGACUCUGAGGAAGGCAAAGACAAGGACGAUGACACCAAGGUAUAGAAGAUACAGGUUGACCAACAUAUCACGAAAUGCUUGUCAGAGUAGUGCGAUGUUCAUCCACAAGACUCUGUUCCUUGAACUUCCAUUGACAUUGUGGUCAUUUAGCAGACGCUCCAGAGCGAUGUCCAGUUAGUGCAUUCAUCUUCAAUAAAGCAGCUAUCAGCAAAGGCACCACUAGUACGAAGUGGUGUGCUGUAUGACUCCAUGUGUCCUUAGCCACCUUGUAUUAUUUUGUUUUUCCAAACAACCUGAAUCACUGCAUUCUUAUUACACUCCCUCUCCAUCCCCUAAAGCAUUACAGAACAUGUACGUAUGUACUCCCAUGUUCAGGCCUGACAGCCUUACAGAUCCCAGAUGCAUUAAUGGAGCUGGCCUAUACAAUAGCCACAGAGGCCCAUGUAACAAGCCCAUUCAGUGGUGCAUAGCCAUAGUAGUGCCCUAGUUCACUGGCCAUGUACAGAUGCCCAUAUAACAGUGCAUAGACAGUGGCAUAUCAUACCUGUACAGAUAGCCCAUGUAAAGUAGGCUAGUUAGAUGGCCAUAUCGAUAGCCCAUGUAAAGAUAGCCCAUAGUAACAGUGGCCUAGUAACAGAUGCCCAUGUACAGAUAGGCCCAUGUACAGAUGGCCCAUAGUAAGAUGGCCUUAACUGUACAAUAGGUCAUAGUAACAGAUGGCCCAAGUAACAGAUGCCAUAUACAAUAGCCCAUAUAACAGAUUCCCAUGUACAGAUAGGCCCAUAGUAACAGAUGUUGUCCCAUGUAAAUAGGGCCCAUUUACAGAUAGGCCAUAGUAACAGAUAGGCCAUUACGUAAACAGAUAGGCCCAUAGUAACAGAUAGGCCCUAGUAACAGAUAGGCCCAUAGUAACAGAUAGGCCCAUAGUACAGAUAGGCCCAUAGUAACAGAUAGGCCCAUAGUAACAGUGCCUAGUAACAGAUAGGCCCAUAGUACAGAUAGGCCCAUAGUAACAGAUGGCCCAUAGUAACAGAUAGCCCAUAGUAACAGUGGCAAAACCUUCAGUAGGCCCAUAGUAACAGAUAGGCCAUAGUUUAACAGAUAGGCCCAUAGUAACAGAUAGGCCCAUAGUAAAGAUAGGCCAUAGUAACAGAUAGGCCCAUAGUAACAGAUAGGCCCAUAGUACCAUGUAACAGAUAGGCCCAUAGUAACAGAUAGGCCCAUAGUAACAGUGAACCAAUAGGCCCAUAGUAACAGAUAGGCCCAUAGUAACAGAUAGGCCCAUGUAACAGAUAGCCCAUAGUAACAGAUAGCCCAUAGUAAACAGAUAGCCCCAUAGUAAACAGAUAGGCCAUAGUAACAGAUAGGCCCAUAGUAACAGAUAGGCCCAUAGUAACAGAUAGGCCCAUAGUAACAGAUAGGCCCAUAGUAACAAUAGUGCCCAUAGUAACAGAUAGGCCCAUAGUAACAGAUAGGCCCAUAGUAACAGAUAGGCCCAUAGUAAACAGAUAGGCCCAUAGUAACAGAUAGGCCCAUAGUAACAGAUAGGCCCAUAGUAACAGAUAGGCCCAUAGUAACAGAUAGGCCCAUAGUAACAGAUAGGCCCAUAGUAACAGAUAGGCCCAUAGUAACAGAUAGGCCCAUAGUAACAGAUAGGCCCAUAGUAACAGAUAGGCCCAUAGUAACAUUAGGCCCUAGUAAGGCCCCAUAGUAACAGAUAGGCCCAUAGUAACAGAUAGGCCCAUAGUAGUACAGAUAGGCCCAUAGUAACAGAUAGGCCCAUAGUAACAGUGUAACAGAUAGGCCCAUAGUAACAGAUAGGCCCAUAGUAACAGAUAGCCCAUAGUACAGUGGUAACAGAUAGGCCCAUAGUAACAGAUAGGCCCAUAGUAACAGAUAGGCCCAUAGUAACGAUAGCCCAUAGUAACAGAUAGGCCCAUGUAACUAGCCGUUAACAGAUAGGCCCAUAGUAACAGAUAGGCCCAUAGUAACAGAGUACAAGAUAGGCCCAUAGUAACAGAUAGGCCCAUAGUAACAGAUAGGCCCAUAGUAACAGAUAGGCCCAUAGUAACAGAUAGGCCCAUAGUAACAGGGUAACAGAUAGGCCCAUAGUAACAGAUAGGCCCAUAGUAACAGUGUAACAGAUAGGCCCAUAGUAACAGAUAGGCCCAUAGUAACAGAUAGGCCCAUAGUAACAGAUAGGCCCAUAGUAACAGAUAGGCCCAUAGUAACAGAUAAAGAUGCCCAUAGUAACAGAUAGGCCAUAGUAACAGAUGUAACAGAUAGGCCCAUAGUAACAGAUAGGCCCAUAGUAACAGUGUAACAGAUAGGCCCAUAGUAACAGAUAGGCCCAUAGUAACAGAUAGGCCCAUAGUAACAGAUAGGCCCAUAGUAACAGAUAGGCCCAUAGUAACAGAUAGGCCCAUAGUACAGAUAGGCCCAUGUAACGUGUAACAGAUAGGCCCAUAGUAACAGAUAGGCCCAUAGUAACAGAUAGGCCCAUAGAACAGAUAGCCAUAGUAACAGAUAGGCCCAUAGUAACAGAUAGGCCCUAGUAACAGAUAGAGCCCAUAGUAACAGAUAGCCCAUAGUAACAGAUAGCCUAGUAACAGUGGUAACAUAGGCCCAUAGUAACAGAUAGGCCCAUAGUAACACAGAUGGCCUAAAAGAUGCCCAUAGUAACAGAUAGGCCCAUAGUAACAGUGUAACAGAUAGGCCCAUAGUAAUAGAUAGGCCCAUAGUAACGAGCUGUACAUAGGCCCAUAGUAACAGAUAGGCCAUAGUAACAUGACAGAUAGGCCCAUAGUAACAGAUAGGCCCAUAGUAACAGAUGUAUACAGAUAGGCCCAUAGUAAACGAUAGGCCCAUAGUAACAGAUAGCGCAUAGUAAAAUAGGCCCAUAGUAAACCAGUAAGUGCCCAUAGUAACAGAUAGGCCCAUAGUAACGUAACAGAUAGGCCCAUAGUAACAGAUAGGCCCAUAGUAACAGAUAGGCCCAUAGUAACAGAUAGGCCCAUAGUAACAGAUAGGCCCAUAGUAACAGUGUAACAGAUAGGCCCAUAGUAACAGAUAGGCCCAUAGUAACAGAUAGGCCCAUAGUAACAGAUAGGCCCAUGUAACAGAUCCAUAGUACGUAGCCCAUAGUAACAGAUAGGCCCAUAGUAACAGAUAGGCCCAUAGUAACAGAUAGGCCCAUAGUAACAGAUAGGCCCAUAGUAACAGAUAGGCCCAUAGUAACAGAUAGGCCCAUAGUAACAGAUAGGCCCAUAGUAACAGAUAGGCCCAUAGUAACAGAUAGGCCCAUAGUAACAGUGUAACAGAUAGGCCCAUAGUAACAGAUAGGCCCAUAGUAACAGUGUAACAGAUAGGCCCAUUGUAACAGAUAGGCCCAUAGUAACAGUGUAACAGAUAGGCCCAUAGUAACAGUGUAACAGAUAGGCCCAUAGUAACAGUGUAACAGAUAGGCCCAUAGUAACAGAUAGGCCCAUAGUAACAGUGUAACAGAUAGGCCCAUAGUAACAGAUAGGCCCAUAGUAACAGAUAGGCCCAUAGUAACAGUGUAACAGAUAUGCCCAUAGUAACAGUGUAACAGAUAGGCCCAUAGUAACAGUGUAACAGAUAGGCCCAUAGUAACAGUGUAACAGAUAGGUUCAUAGUAACAGAUAGGCCCAUAGUAACAGUGUACCAGAUAGGCCCAUAGUAACAGUGUAACAGAUAGGCCCGUAGUAACAGUAUAACAGAUAGGCCCAUAGUAACAGUGUAACAGAUACGCCCAUAGUAACAGUAUAACAGAUCUUGUUGGCUGGACCUCACUACAUAUUCGUUGCCAAACCCACUGGCACCAGGUCAUCUACAAAUCACUGCUAGGCAAAUCCCUGCCUUAUCUUAGCUCAUUGGUCACCAUAGCAACACCCACCCGUAGUCUGCGCUCCAGCAGGUAUAUCUCACUGGUCAUCCCCAAAGCCAACACCUCCUUUGGCCGCCAUUCCUUCCAGUUCUCUGCUGCCAAUGACUGGAACGAACUGCAAAAAUCUCUGAAGCUGGAGACUCUUAUCUCCCUCACUAACUUUAAGCAUCAGUUGUCAGAGCACCUUACCGAUCACUGCACCUGUACACAGCCCAUCUGUAAUUAGCCCACCCAACUACCUCAUCCCCAUAUUGUUAUUUAUUUUGCUCAUUUGCACCCCAGUAUCUCUAUUUGCCCAUCAUUUCUUGCACAUCUAUCAUUCCAGUGUUAAUACUAAUUGCAAUUAUUUUGCACUAUGGCCUAUGUAUUGCCUUACCUCCAUAACUUACUACAUUUGCACACACUGUAUAUAUAUUUUCUGUUGUAGUUUUUGACUUUAUGUUUUGUUUUACCCCAUAUGUAACUCUGUGUUGUUGUUUUUUUCGCACUGCUUUGCUUUAUCUUGGCCAGGUCGCAGUUGUAAAUGAGAACUUGUUCUCAACUGGCUUACCUGGUUAAAUUAAGGUGAAAAAAAUAAAUAAAAUAAAAAUUGUUUUAGGAUGACAAUGUGUCAAGGAAGGGGGACGAGGAGGAGGGCAGCAGUAAAGUCCGGAGGAAGCCUAUUGGACGGAGAAUCUAUGAGUUCUAUGACGCCCCAUUCACCAAGUUCUGGUUCAACACCGUAAGUAUGACUACAGUAAUAACCUCCUACCUGACCUCCUACCUGACCUCCUACCUGACCUCCUACCUGACCUCCUACCUGACCUCCUACCUGACCUCCUACCUGACUCCUACCUGAUCCUAAUAAAUACUAAACAUACCUCCUACCUGUUCCUAAUAAAUACUAAACUGAAUUAUUACCUGAUCCUAAUAAAUACUAAACAUACCUCCUACCUGUUCCUAAUAAAUACUAAACAGACCUCCUACCUGACCUACCUGACCUCCUACCUGACCUCCUACCUGACCUCCUACCUGACCUCCUACCUGACCUCCUACCUGACCUAACUGACCUCCUACCUGACCUCCUACCUGACCUCCUACCUGACCUCCUACCUGACCUCCUACCUGACCUACCUGACCUCCUACCUGACCUCCUACCUGACCUCCUACCUGACCUCCUACCUGACCUCCUACCUGACCCUAAUAAAUACUAAACAGACCUCCUACCUGAUCCUAAUAAAUACUAAACUGACCUCCUACCUGAUCCUAAUAAAUACUAAACUGAUCUCCUACCUGGGCUACCUGAUGUCUAGUGGUAUGGUAUGUUAUGUUAUAUGGUCUAUCUGUUUCUCUGUUAGAUCUCUUAUUGGGCUACCUGAUGUCUAGUGGUAUGGUAUGUUAUGUUAUAUGGUCCAUCUGUUUCUCUGUUAGAUCUCUUAUUGGGCUACCUGAUGUCUAGUGGUAUGGUAUGUUAUGUUAUAUGGUCCAUCUGUUUCUCUGUUAGAUCUCUUAUUGGGCUACCUGAUGUCUAGUGGUAUGGUAUGUUAUGUUAUAUGGUCCAUCUGUUUCUCUGUUAGAUCUCUUAUUGGGUUACCUGAUGUCUAGUGGUAUGGUAUGUUAUGUUAUAUGGUCCAUCUGUUUCUCUGUUAGAUCUCCUACCUGGGCUAUCUGAUGCUGUAUAACUACAUCAUCCUGGUGAAGAUGGAGCGAUGGCCGUCCAUCCAGGAGUGGACCGUCAUCGCUUACAUCCUGACGCUUGGCUUCGAGAAAGUCAGACAGGUAAAUAAAUAUCAAGUUUAAUUUCAAGGUCAAGUUCAAGUAAGCUUGGGGAAUUCAUUCUCAGCUGAAAAUAAAAAAUUCCCAACCUCCUAUAUAAUACAUUAUAGGGAAUAGGCAAUUUCAGAUGCAGCUCUACUGUAUGUGAGCAUUGAUUGAUGCCUUGUACUUCCCUCACAGACUUUGAUGUCUGACAGGGUGUAGAGUACAUCAAGAUGUUUCGCUACAGAAAUGGGACAUCCUGCCCCAUGCACGGAUUUGGCUCGGAAAAGGCUUACUUAGUUACUUUGACCUUGACCCUUAGAUCCUGAUGUCAGAGCCUUACUUUGACCUUGACCCUUAGAUCCUGAUGUCAGUGCUGGGGUUACUAACUUUGACCUUGACCGUUAGAUCCUGAUGUCAGAGCCUGGGAAGCUGAAGCAGAAGAUCAAUGUAUGGCUGGAAGAGGUCUGGAACAUCACUGACCUGGCAGCCAUCUCCACCUUCCUGGUUGGCCUUCUGCUGAGGCUGCAGAAUGAACCCCUCCUGGGCAUCGGACGCGUCAUCUACUGCAUAGACAUCAUCUUCUGGUACAUCAGGGUGCUCGACAUCUUCGGGGUCAACAAGUACCUGGGACCCUAUGUCAUGAUGAUUGGGAAAAUGGUAACUUCAUUAAUUGAUUGAUUGAUUUCUUUUUGAUAAUUCAAAGUUAGCAGGCUGCUCAAGAGACAACAUUACAUCCAUUAAACAUUAUCGAGGAUAAAACCCCAAUAUAAUACAGCACAGAUUACAGGGAGUUACCCCCCCCCCCCCCCCCCCCCGAUACUCAGUCUGCUUGUCUUGAGGCCUACGACCUCUGACCAUACCAGAGGAUGAAGGGGAGGACAAGUUAUAAACUAAACAAACAAUGGCAUCCCAUUGGCUUAACUACAAAUCAUUUAUUCCAGAUGACUGACAUGCUGUGUUCUAUGUUCUAGAUGAGAAUGAUUAACAUGCUGUGUUCUAUGUUCUAGAUUAGAAUGAUUAACAUGCUGCGUUCUAUGUUCUAGAUGAUUGACAUGCUGUACUUCAUGGUGAUCAUGUGGUUCUAUGUUCUAGAUGAUUGACAUGCUGUACUUCGUGGUAAUCAUGUUGGUGGUGUUGAUGAGUUUCGGGGUGGCGCGGCAGGCCAUCCUGCACCCUGACGAGGAGCCAACAUGGCGUCUGGCCAGGAACAUCUUCUACAUGCCGUACUGGAUGAUCUAUGGAGAGGUGUUUGCUGACUCGAUCGACCGUAAGACUCAGAUUUAUAGUAAGAUUCUGUUUCCUGUUUCACGGGCGGAUGAUCAGUCCUGUUUGUCCAUGUUUUGAUCUGUCCUAUAUUUAUCCAUAAUGUGUGCUUACUUUCUGUCUUGAACAUGGUACACAUCUGUUCUCCCUGACUGUACCCUCUUGCUGUUCUCUGCUCUGUCUGAAUACCAACAAACUUUCUGUUCUGUUCAGCAAGAUCUUCGCUCACUCUGUUGACACAUUGGUAAAGCUGUUGUCUUGACGUACUGUAUGAUACAAUGAUAACUAUGUCUGUUGUGUCCAUUGUGUACUGAUACACUAGAAGAAAUCAUUGUCUCCUCACUCCACCAACGAUCAUCCACCCACUUGUUUAUUUAACAUGAACUGUGUUCCUUCUGUCAAGGUGAAGCCUUUCAAUUAACAUUGAACUAUUCAAUGGAAAACAAUGACAAAACAUAAAAAGAAUAUGUCUGUCUUGAUUUCGUCUCGGAUAGUCUCUCAGCAGCACAGGACAGGCUUUGACUUCACCUGGUCUUGACCGUGACAGAAGUAUGAUGUCGUCUCUGUAUUCCUGCCUUUUUAUUUUGCCUCUCUGUCUUUUUUUCAUUAUUUCUGGAACUGCUUCAAGUCUAUGCAAUGGAAAUCAACCGUGAGUAUUCUUCAAGAAGUUUUAUUUUCAAAGUGGCAAUGUGGAGAGCGUUAUUUUGAAUGCUAAAGCAUUCUUCUUCUACCCCCCCCCCCCCCCCCCCCCAGCUCCCUGUGGGGAGAACCUGUACGAUGAGGAUGGUAAGAAGCUGCCUCCGUGUAUCCCUGGAGCCUGGCUAACCCCGGCCCUCAUGGCCUGUUAUCUACUGGUGGCCAACAUCCUGCUGGUCAACCUGCUGAUCGCUGUCUUCAAGUAAGUUGACAGAAACUGGAAAUGUGAAACUUUGUCAAGUUGACAACUAGUCUCUUGUGACAGAGCUAGCUAGCUGGCGCAGGCAAGAUUUUAAUCUGGGUUCAGAGAUUAGUACAAAAGUUGGACACAAGUUACACUUUAGUACUUCCUGUGCCUGGCCUGAGCUCAGGGAUGUAGGCUUGUUUCUACCAUGAAAGCAACAGCAGAAACUCACGCCCUACAGAUAACUUUGUCUUUAGGAAACUCUCAUGAGAUGGCCACAACUACAUCAUACCUACACGCCCUACAGAUAACUUUGUCUUUAGGAAACUCUCAUGAGAUGGCCACAACUACAUCAUACCUACACGCCCUACAGAUAACUUUGUCUUUAGGAAACUCUCAUGAGAUGGCCACAACUACAUCAUACCUACACGCCCUACAGAUAACUUUGUCUUUAGGAAACUCUCAUGAGAUGGCCACAACUACACCUAUCUUUGUUUGGAGGAGGUUAGUUGGUUAGCUAGUCAACCCAGUCAAAGCUCUUCUCUGUCCUAGCACCCCAAUGGUGGAACAAGCUUCCCCUUGAUGCUAGAACAGCAGAGUCCCUAGUCUGGCUGACACCAGUCUCCCUGACUUGGCCGUCUGGAACGGCUGCUGUAAUGAACGGUAAUGAAGGGGCUGUUCCCUCAGACUUCAAGGCUGCACCCUAUGCUGGUUGGAUAUCCCCGUUUUGAAAUGAACUAAUCAUGAUCUAUUGUUUUACAUAGGACCGCCCCAGCCCUUCCCCUUCCAGCCAGCCCUUCCGGGAUAAGCAAACACACAGUAGCUUGCUAGCUAAAACAAACCGUCUAGCAUUGUUCAGCCCAUAGAAAGCCAACCAGCUAAUAACUUUAGCUUGCUUGGUAACAACUUGAAAUCGGCUAGCUAAUCAAAUGUAUGUUUUAGUUAUAAAUUAACUAGUUUCCUUAUUGCACUGAAGUUAUUCGUUUUCCUUCUUGGAUGUCCUCUGUUUACAUAGUAGGGCAGUGAUGUGAAUCACCCAUGAUGUGAAUCACCCAUGCAUUCUAGCUAGCUACUACUGUACUACCCAUGAUGUGAAUCACCCAUGCAUUCUAGCUAGCUACUACUGUAAUACCCAUGAUGUGAAUCACCCAUGCAUUCUAGCUAGCUACUACUGUACUACCCAUGAUGUGAAUCACCCAUGCAUUCUAGCUAGCUACUACUGUACUACCCAUGAUGUGAAUCAUGGGUAGUACAGUCUUGUCUGUCUUGUUUUUUUUCCUCUGGUUGCACAUUUAACAUGCUGGUAGAAAUGAGGUAGAACAGAUGUAAGUUUCCCUGCAUUAAAGUCCCCGGCCACUAGGAGCGCCACCUCUAUACAGCUCAUUCAGUGCAAUCUUAAUGCCAGCAUUGGUUUGUGGUGGUAAAAAGACAGCUAUGAAAAAUAUAGAUGAAAACUAUUUUGGUAAAUAGUGUGGUCUACAGCUUAUCAUAAGAUACUCUACCUCAGGCGAGCAAAACCUCGAGACUUCCUUAGUAUUUGAUGUUGUGCACCAGUUGUUUUUUACAAAUAUACACAGACCGCCACCCCUUGUCUUACCGGAAUCAGCUGUUCUAUCCUGCCGAUGUAGCGUAUAGCCCACUAGCUGUACAGUGGGGAAAAAAAGUAUUUAGUCAGCCACCAAUUGAGCAAGUUCUCCCACUUAAAAAGAUGAGAGAGGCCUGUAAUUUUCAUCAUAGGUACACGUCAACUAUGACAGACAAAUUGAGAAAAACAUUUCCAUAAAAUCACAUUGUAGGAUUUUUUAUGAAUUUAUUUCCAAAUUAUGGUGGAAAAUAAGUAUUUGGUCACCUACAAACAAGCAAGAUUUCUGGCUCUCACAGACCUGUAACUUCUUCUUUAAGAGGCUCCUCUGUCCUCCACUCGUUACCUGUAUUAAUGGCACCUGUUUGAACUUGUUAUCAGUAUAAAAGACACCUGUCCACAACCUCAAACAGUCACACUCCAAACUCCACUAUGGCCAAGACCAAAGAGCUGUCAAAGGACACCAGAAACAAAAUUGUAGACCUGCACCAGGCUGGGAAGACUGAAUCUGCAAUAUGUAAGCAGCUUGGUUUGAAGAAAUCAACUGUGGGAGCAAUUAUUAGGAAAUGGAAGACAUACAAGACCACUGAUAAUCUCCCUCGAUCUGGGGCUCCACGCAAGAUCUCACCCCGUGGGGUCAAAAUGAUCACAAGAACGGUGAGCAAAAAUCCCAGAACCACACGGGGGGACCUAGUGAAUGACCUGCAGAGAGCUUGGACCAAAGUAACAAAGCCUACCAUCAGUAACACACUACGCCGCCAGGGACUCAAAACCUGCAGUGCGAGACGUGUCCCCCUGCUUAAGCCAGUACAUGUCCAGGCCCGUCUGAAGAUUGCUAGAGUGCAUUUGGAUGAUCCAGAAGAGGAUUGGGAGAAUGUCAUAUGGUCAGAUGAAACCAAAAUAUAACUUUUUGGUAAAAACACAACUCGUUGUGUUUGGAGGACAAAGAAUGCUGAGUUGCAUCCAAAGAACACCAUACCUACUGUGAAGCAUGGGGGUGGAAACAUCAUGCUUUGGGGCUGUUUUUCUGCAAAGGGACCAGGACGACUGAUCCGUGUAAAGGAAAGAAUGAAUGGGGCCAUGUAUCAUGAGAUUUUGAGUGAAAACCUCCUUCCAUCAGCAAGGGCAUUGAAGAUGAAACGUGGCUGGGUCUUUCAGCAUGACAAUGAUCCCAAACACAGCGCCCGGGCAAUGAAGGAGUGGCUUCGUAAGAAGCAUUUCAAGGUCCUGGAGUGGCCUAGCCAGUCUCCAGAUCUCAACCCCAUAGAAAAUAUUUGGAGGGAGUUGAAAGUCUGUGUUGCCCAGCGACAGCCCCAAAACAUCACUGCUCUAGAGGAGAUCUGCAUGGAGGAAUGGGCCAAAAUAACAGCAACAGUGUGUGAAAACCUUGUGAAGACUUACAGAAAACGUUUGACCUGUGUCAUUGCCAACAAAGGGUAUAUAACAAAGUGUUGAGAAACUUUUGUUAUUGACCAAAUACUUAUUUUCCACCAUAAUUCACCAAUUUGUUUAUAUUAUUUAUUAUAAUUUGCAAAUAUAUUCAUAAAAAAUCCUACAAUGUGAUUUUCUGGAGAAAAAAAAUCUCAUUUUGUCUGUCAUAGUUGACGUGUACCUAUGAUGAAAAUUACAGGCUUCUCUCAUCUUUUUAAGUGGGAGAACUUGCACAAUUGGUGGCUGACUAAAUACUUUUUUCCCCCACUGUAUGUUGUCCAUGUCGUCGUUCAGCCACGACUCGGUGAAACAUAAGAUAUUACAGUUUUUAAUGUCCCGUUGGUAGGAUAACCGUAAUCUUAGGUCAUCUAAUUGAUUCUCAAAUGAUUGAACAUUGGCUAAUAGGAUUGAUGGAAGAGGCAGUUUACUCGCUCGCCGUCGGAUCCUUACAAGGCACCCCGACCUACAUCCACAAUAUCUCUGUCUCUUUCUCAUGCGAAUGACGGGGAUUUGGGCCUUGUCGAGUGUCUGUAGGAUAUCCUUCGCGUCCGACUUGUUGAAGAAAAAAUCUUCGUCCAAUACGAAGUGAGUAAUCGCUGUCCUGAUAUCCAGAAGCUCUUUUUAGUUAUAAGAGACGAUGGCAGAAACAUUAUGUAUAGAAUAAAUUACAAAUAACGCGGAAAAACACACAUAAUAGUACAAUUGGUUAGAGGGCUGUAAAACGGCAGCCAUCUUCUCCGGCGCCAUUUAGUUUGCUCAAUGUCUUAUAGGCCUAUCACGCAAAUAGCUCAUGCAACCAAUCACUUCUUAAUCAUUACGUUUGUACAAAUACAAAACUUUCAAUCAAUAACUCACUAUAAUUUCCAUUCUGACAUUACAUGUAUCCAUCUCAGUGCCAUUCUUUACCGUCAAAGCACAGUUCUAGGUCAUUGUACCAUAGGUAGGUAGGUCAUAUGGAGCUGUAUAGGACUGAGACCAACACAUCUCUCGCAGACUACUAGCACUGACUUUGCUGAGAAUAAAUGUACCUACUAUGCCUGGGAUAUGUGGUUGUCUCACCUAGCUAUCUGAAGAUGAAUGUACCUACUGUGACUGUGAUAUGUGGUUGUCCCACCUAGCUAUCUGAAGAUGAAUGCACUAACUAAGCCACUCUGGAUAGGAGCGUCUGCUAAAUGACUAAAAUGUAAAUGUAAAAUGUCUUCCCCAACCAGCUCUCUGGACUUCCGAAGACAAGGUCGCAUGCACCCUCCCAUAUAGCGUUUUUUGUCUUCCUCCACAAUCACCGCUCUGAGACCCAGGGCUGUUGCCUCGCUGAUUUGGUCCUCCGUCCUUCACAGCCUUUAGUGGGGGCACGAUUGUCAUAUUGGAGGCUGUUUUCCUAGCUUCUUGAAGACUAGAACUAGCUAGCUAUACAUCCUCCCCUCACACAAAGGCUUGAAAUGCUUCAAGUUGCUCCUAUUUUAAUCCCUAUGUUGGUCGUUACUAUGUGGCAGUGUUGUCUCUCUAUCUCCCCACAGUUUUAGUUAGCUAGCCAGCUAACCUAACUUUAGCUUGGCUUGUUUACCUCUCUAGUGGGGGCGUAGGGGGUAGCUAGCCAGCUAACCUAACUUUAGCUUGGCUUGUUUACCUCUCUAGUGGGGGCGUAGCAAAUUGACGAGGAAGCGUGGGGGGGGUGGGGGGUUGAGCAUGCAAAUAGCGUGCAUAUGAGAACAAAAAGUCUCUCAAAGUUGAUACAAAUUACCUCCCCUUUUACAAGCCCGAGUUAUCAGACCAGUGAGUCACAGCUCGCUGUUUAGUCACUUGGGUCGCGCGUUUCUGCCCAUCAUCUGAAACCUCUUCAAAUAGUAUCUCAAAUAAGACAUCUGUCUUACCCCCCCUCCCCUUGCAAGGUUAGGUAGAAUUAGGGUCAGGGUUAGGGUUAGCUAUAACGCUCUACUGACCUGUACCUCCUCUCCCACAGCAACACUUUUCUGGAGGUGAAGGCCAUCUCCAACCAGAUCUGGAAGUUCCAGAGAUAUCAGCUGAUUAUGAUCUUCCAUGACCGUCCGCUACUCCCUCCACCCCUCAUCGUGUUCAGCCACCUCUACCUACUGUUCAGAAGCUUUCGCUGUACCAAGAGGAAUGAUGGAGAGCUGAAUGAGAAGGACAGAGGACUCAGUGAGUCUAUCUUUCAUUCA